CGCAGUGAAUGGCUAUAUAUUUCCUUUCCCAUUUCAUCGUAUACACUCACUAGUAUACAAUGAAACCAAAGGCCAUCUCCCAAAGGGAUGUAUUCUACAUCCCUCCAUGGUCGCGUCCGAUUGAGCUCCUGCUCUUAGUAAAAUUAGAUUGUGCUAGAGUAGCAGGCAAAUGGGUACCCGGAGAUCAUGUUGGCAAUAUGCCGGUGAUCGACAGUAUUCGCGAUGAGUUAACAGGUCAUCCGUUCUUGUUGCAAAUUCCAAAAGCCAAAUACCAUGAAAAGGUAAUGGAAUGGUGGACUAGAUUUAUUCGCUUCCACUCCUUAUUGAAGGAUGAAAGGACUUGGUUCUGUGAAAACACGAAGCGCGUUUUUGCUACAGAUUUAUCUUGGGAAGAGAUUGGAGCCGAAAAACCCCAAAUGUUAUGUUACAUGGAAGAAGGUGAGGCAAAUUGGGAUAUAUUAAAGCGCCUAUUCUACGAGGCUGGGAUGUAUUCAUGUUCAGAUGAAGAUGAUUAGGUAAAAAAAAACAGUACAAGUAUUAUUCGCUUUGAAGUCUUGUAUAUGUGAAAAACAAUUUUAAUAUGUAAUUUGCUUAGAUUUUGUGAUUUUCUUCAA